GGCCCCACAUUCGUGUCACGGCCCCCCCCCCCCCCCCCGGGACUGCCCCCACCUUGAGUGCUGGGGGGAGGGCAGCGGUGGGGGAGCCCCCCCGGCCCCCACACAGCCCCCCCGUGCCCGGCGGGGGUCACGCUGCAGCCCACGGGUGCGCAGGGACGGGUCACGUUUGCACGGGGACAGGUGACACUGUCACAUUUGCACCCAGGGCGCGUUUGCACGCGGGUCAUGUUUGCACGGGGACCGGUCGCGCUUGCACGAGGGUUGUGCCCGCACAGGGAUGGGUCACCUUUGCACCAGGGUCACGUUUGCAGCGGGGUCGUGCUUGCGGCAGGGUCACGCGUGCACAGGCGUGGGUCACGCUUGCACCAGGGGCGUGCUUGCAUGCAGUCGUGUUUGCACCACGGUCGCGUUUGCACAGGGCCAGGGCUCGUUUGCACCAGGGUGGUGUUUGCACCAGGGUGGUGUUUAUGCAGAGACCGGCCACGUUUGCACGAGGGUCCCUUUUGCACCAGGGACCGUCGUGUUUGCACGGGGAUGUUGGGGGGGGGGGGGGGGCGGCGUUUGCACGAGCGUUCGCGUUUGCACGAGGGUCGCGCGGGGGUGGGACCCAUUCGCACCGGCGCCGGGUUUGUUCACACCGGGGCCGGGUUUGUUCACACCGGGGCCGGGUUUGUUCACACCGGCGCCGGGUUUUGCACCGUUUGUCUCCGCGGCCCCGGCGCUGUCCGUGGUGCUGCCCCGCGCGGCGCCGCCUCCCGCCGGCAGAGGGCGCCCUUCGGGGGGGGGGGGGGGGCGGGGCUGGGAGGGUGGGGGUGCGAUGAGUUUGGGGGGUCUCAGCAGCCAGGCACCGCCCCCCCCCCCCAUGGAGUGAGCUGACCCCCGCCGCUCCCGGCCCGCUGGCUCCCGGCAGGCAGCGAGGUGGCGCUUGGCUCGCUGCCAUCAGUAGGCUUCAGGGGUAACGCCACUGGCCGAGCAGCCGGGCGGCACGGCGAGGGGCUGCGGGGGAGCUCUCCUCACCCCCCAGGAAGCGCCAUGGAACCCCCUGGGCCCCCCCACGCCACCUAGACACAUCCCCAGCCGGCACCACCACCCCCCUCGGUCCCCCCACCCCGAGGGCAGCAGGAUGGCCCAGCAGCGUCACGCCGUCCCCCCGCCGCUCAAGACGGAGGAGGACUACAUCCCCUACCCCAGUGUGCACGAGGUGCUGGGCCGGGAGGGGCCGUUCCCCCUCAUCCUCCUGCCGCAGUUUGGGGGUUACUGGAUCGAGGGCACCAACCACCAGCUGAGCGGGGCACCCGAGUCCCCCCCGACCCCAGCACCCAGCACCCGGGCCCGGCUCGAGGGCAACCACACGGCCAAGAUCUACCGCAAGCACUUCUUGGGCAAGGAGCACUUCAACUACUACUCCCUGGACCCGGCGCUGGGUCACCUCGUCUUCUCCCUCAAGUACGACGAGCAGGAGCACCUCCACCUGCUGCUGCGCACCCGCACCCGCACCCUACACGACGUGGUGCCCAUCUCCUGCCUGGCUGAGUUCCCCAACGUGGUGCAGAUGGCCAAGCUGGUGUGUGAGGAUGUCAACGUGGAUCGCUUCUACCCCGUGCUCUACCCCAAGGCGUCCCGCCUCAUCCUCACCUUCGACGAGCACGUGCUCAGCAACCACUUCAAAUUUGGGGUCAUCUACCAAAAACUGGGGCAGACCUCCGAGGAGGAGCUUUUUGGCACCACGGAGGAGAGCCCGGCGUUCGCCGAAUUCCUCGACGUCCUGGGCCAACGGGUGCAGCUGCGGGACUUCAAGGGGUUUCGGGGGGGGCUGGACGUGACCCACGGGCAGACGGGCAGCGAGUCGGUUUACUGCCACUUCCGCGACAAGGAGAUCAUGUUCCACGUCUCCACCAAGCUGCCCUACACCGAGGGGGACGCCCAGCAGCUGCAGCGGAAGCGUCACAUCGGCAACGACAUCGUGGCCAUCGUCUUCCAGGACGAGAACACCCCCUUCGUCCCCGACAUGAUCGCCUCCAACUUCCUGCACGCCUUCGUGGUGGUGCAGCUGGAGCAGGGCAGCUCCCAGGGGACCCUCUACAAGGUCUCUGUCACCGCCCGUGAUGACGUGCCCUUCUUCGGCCCGCCGCUGCCCGACCCUGCUGUCUUCAGGAAGGGCCCCGAGUUCCAGGAGUUUCUGCUGACGAAGCUCAUCAACGCCGAGUACGCCUGCUACAAGGCUGAGAAGUUCGCCAAGCUGGAGGAGCGGACGCGGGCGGCGCUGCUGGAGACGCUGCACGAAGAGCUGCAGGCGCGCAGCCAGGCCAUGCUGGGGCUGGGCCCCGACGACGAGCGCCCCGACAACGGCGCCGCCGCUCCGGGCUUCUUCGAGUCCUUCAAGGCGCUGCUGGUGCCCGGGAAGAGCCCGUCGCGGCGGCGGCCCGGCCCACUCGGCUCCCGCCGCUCCAGCGCCAUCGGGAUCGAGAGCAUCCAGGAGGCGCCGGCCGGCAGGGACGGCCCCGCCGCCGCCCCCGCCGCCCCCGAGGGCGCCUGCUCCGCAAACAGCUCCCCCGAGAGCCACCGGCACCCCGACAGGUCCCGGCACCGGGACAGGGGCCGAGAAGCCGGAGCCGCCGGAUUUCUCCCGCUCCUCUUCCAGCACCAGCAGCUUCGGCAGCGCCAGCGAGGAGCCCAGCGAGCCGGGAGAGCCGCUCACCCUCGGGGACCCACCGUGACGCCUUCACUGACACCCCCUGGCCAGAUGACCCCCCCGGUAUCCCCCCAGGCCGCCGGCCCCCUGACCCCCCCUGCCCCGAGAUCAAAAUCCAACUGGAGCGGCCCCCCCCCAAUCCGGGCUCAUAGUCACCUCCAACCCCGGGGGGGGGUCACCGCUUCGCCCCCCCUGCCCCGUGUGCCACCCCCGUGCCAGGAGCUGAAGCCAUCGUCCCCGGUGCAGGAUUUGGGGGGAACCUCCCCCCCCAGACAAUCUCCGUCACCCCAAAUACCCCCUGGGGGGGUGAUGGACCACAAAGGCCCCCCCCCCCCCACUGUGACCCCAAUAUCACACAGGGGGGAGCUCUCACAAGACAAAGAGCGAGUCCAACCCAAGCAUCACCCCCUCCCUAAAAAAAAAAAGUGGGGCUCAAAUCCGGGGCAAACCCAAAGUGGGGGGUCCCCCUGUUUCCCCCCUUUUAUUUUAAGGGAAAAAAAGUUUUGGAAUGGGUCAGAUGCUGGAAUUGGGGAGGGGGGGGUAUGGGGGGAUGGAUUAUUUUUUCAAGCCCCCCCAAAUCGUGUUUGUGUUCCCUGUGAGGUCCUGUAUAAAAUAAAGGUUUAUUUAUCGCUACAGCUGGGAGUGCUGGGGAAGUGUGUGUGGGGGAUGUGUCCCCAAGAUCUGAAGUGGGGUCCCCAAAAUCGGUGGGGCACGAUCUUAAAAACACCCCAAAUUCACCCACUUUGAGGGGGGGGGGUGUCA